GACUCGCUGAAAGCUCCAAGCACAUCAAACUCGUCGUCGGAGCUACUACUGUUUCCAUUGAAGCAAUUGCAGCGAUUACGGCCACAUUUCACGGUCGACGGCUUCUCGUUGUGUCCUCAAAUGAAAUUCUGCACCAUUUUAUCAAAACACACACAGCUCGGCUCGAACUCAGUCCCUUCCUCUUUGAUAUAUUGCGGUUCACCUGCGCCAGGUUUAUCCGCAGAUGAAGUCCUUUAAACGCUUGUGAACCGCCGAUCGAAGACCCUCUUGAGGCGCAAUUUCGAGACAGGUUUGCCGGACUCGUUCCGUAUCGAUGCUGUGUAUGAAUCGAUAGGUUGAAUCUUUAUCGGAAAACGCAUGGCUACUGCGUUUGCUCUGUUUGCGCUAUCACAAACCGAUGACUCUAAUUCUUGCACGUACAUCCAAAACCCUCCAUUCAAAAUUUGCAGAAAUACAAAAGAGUAAUGAACUGAAAUAUGCAAUCAGUAUCUGUUCUAGUCAACAAUAUUGGUGUGCUUAUUGUGUACAUGAUAAUUAUAGGACCCGAUUUCCAGGCCAAGAAUGUGCUUCAAGAAGAAGACGAGAAAACAGAGAACCCCAUUGUAAAGCUAGGAUUGCUGCCGGCGUAGGCGGACCGGUGGAGGAAGUGGUGAUAGGAAGCUCGGAGAGGCUGGAACAGAGUUUGCAGAUUCAGACUUUUUUCAUCGCGUUCUCCAAGUUUCUGGGCGAAGAUCAGAGAAAGAGGGAGAUAUGGGAGAGAGCAGCGAAGAAGGCUUUCUUUUGAGAGCAGCAUCUGGGCUUUCCUUUUGAGAGCAGCCAAGAAGGGAUAACAUGCCACGUGUCAAACUUGUACGGGGAGGCGCAGCUCCACGUGGAGUGGCCGGCUCUCCUUAUAAUUUCCCUGGCGGCCAAUGGUCCUCUAUCACUAUAUAAUGUAGCAAGGAGUUUCUCAUAUAUAGCAAAUACCAAUCACAAAUGUAUUACCCAGCAUUAAUUCUUCUCCUGGUUUCUUUUGCAUGGACAUGCCUUCGUGUCCUCCUAUCGGAAACCACAAGCCGAAGCUCCGGCAAACUCCCGCCGGGUCCCCGCCCCUUUCCGGUCGUCGGAAACAUCUUCAGCCUCAGCAGCAAACCCCAUGUGUCGCUCGCCGAUCUCUCCAAAACCUACGGCCCCGUAAUGUCCCUGAAGCUAGGGACCAUCACCUCCGUCGUCAUAUCUUCUCCGCAGGCCGCCAGAGAAGCCCUGCAAAAACACGACCGGGCCUUGUCCGGUCGGACCGUCACCGACUCGGUCCGGGCGCUCCGCCACCACGAGGCUUCGGUGGUAUGGCUGCCGGAGUCGGCCACGCGGUGGAGGGAGCUACGGAAAAUCUGCGCCCUGCAGCUGUUUUCGCCGCAAAGGCUGGAAGCCGGCCGCGCCCUUCGCCGGGAAAAGGUGAGGGAGAUUGUCGACCACGUCGGUGAGAGGUGCCGGAGCGGCACGGCGGUGGACAUCGGCGAAGCUGCCUUCACGACGACGCUCAAUUUGCUGUCGAACACCAUCUUUUCCGUUGAUUUGGCGACUUAUGAUUCGGAGCGCUCGCAGGAAUUCAUGGGUCUGGUGCGGAGUGUGAUGGAGGAAGCGGGAGUGCUUAAUCUGGCGGAUUAUUUCCCGGCUCUUCGGUGGAUUGAUCCGCAAGGGGCGCGGCGGCGGACGACGGUGUAUGCGAGAAAACUUUUGGGAAUUUUUGAUGAGAUCAUUAAUCAACGGUUGGCAGCAAGAGGUUCGUCAUCGUCGAAGGAGAAUUCUCCGGCGAGAAACGUCGACGUACUGGAUGCCCUGCUUGAUCUCAGCAAAGAACCGAGCGACUAUGAACUCAGCUGCGAUGAUAUGAAGCAUUUGUUUCUGGAUUUAUUCGUGGCGGGGACCGACACUACAUCGAGCACAGUGGAAUGGGCCAUGGCUGAAUUGCUCUGUCAUCCUGAAGUCAUGGCAAGAGCCCAAGCCGAACUCAAACAAAUCUCUGACCAAGACGACAAAGACAAGGGCGAAAUUAAAAUAAUAGAAGAAUCAGAAAUUUCAAAGCUCCCUUACCUGCAAGCCGUCGUGAAGGAGACUUUUAGGCUGCACCCACCAGUGCCCUUCCUGGUGCCCCACAAAGCCGAAGCAAGCGUCGAAAUUAUGGGGUACCGUGUCCCAAAGGGCGCACAGGUGUUGGUCAACGUGUGGGACGUUGGCCACAACGCAGACACUUGGGAGAGACCAAACUCGUUUUCGCCGGAGAGGUUCUUGUCGCCGGAGGCGGCCGACGUGAAGGGCAUGGAUUUCGAGCUUAUACCGUUCGGCGCCGGACGGCGGAUAUGCCCGGGGCUGCCGCUGGCGCAGCGCAUGGUGCACGUGAUGCUGGCUUCGCUGAUGGGGCGCUUUGAGUGGAAGCUCGGCGGGGAGGAGUUGGACAUGGAGGAGAAGUAUGGGAUUACGUUGCGGAAGGCAGAGCCUCUCAGGGCCAUUCCCAUCCAAUCGUAACUCUCUCUACAUCUGCUUAAUUAAUUAUUAGGGUAAAAAUAAAUUUCUCAUAUUGGGUCUCUACCCUUACAACCUUACUCAUGAUGAGAAUGCAUAUAACCUAAUUUCGGUCUGGUCCAAUAUGAGAUGAAUGAGAUUGAUUUGAUGUGGGACUAAUACAAGCUCAUAUCCGAUCUUAUGUCUUAUAUCAGAAGACUUACUGGCCUGAAUAAAAUCUUCCACCCGUAUAUUUUACGUGCUAUGUAAAAUCUUGUGCAACUUUUCCUAUUGAGACAAAUGAUGGAUACAAAUAAGAUUAUUUUGAAAGUUUGGGACUA